AUGGAGGCGAUGCAGCGAUACUACAGCGGCGAUGCUGACAGGUGCUUCCAUGAUCCGCUGGCCCCGUUCCCCUUGUGCUCGUCUUCAUCCUCCUCUUCGUCGCCGCCAUCGCUCUUCACCAGCGACGAGAGCUGCUUAUCCAUGGCCGCCGCCCUGUUUCCCGGCGACCAUACUGGCCAGGUGGAGGACUGCUCGUCAGCUCUCAUGCUGAGGGAGGACGCCGACAUGACGGGGUACCUGCCGAUAUCGAUGAUCCCCGCGCCGGCUGCAGGCGAUAAUAAUGGUAUGCUGUACCCGGACAAUGUCCUUCCGCCGUUCCCCGAGGACCUUUCCACGGUCGGCCUGGACCUGGACCUCGACCUCCUCGACGACGCGCUGCUGAUGCUGCAGCCCUUGAGCGACAUCGACCUGGAGGCCUUCGGUGACAUGGACCUGCAGGUCAAGCCCGAGCCGGAGCCGGAGGAACUCAACAACAUUUCUGUUAUCCUGCCGCCGCGGGCACUGGAUCAAAGUCUCGGCCCGCAGCCGCAACAGGCGGCUCCCAUGCAGCUGCAUCAGCAGAACGCAGCGCGCCACGGCGACUCCUCCUCCAUCGUCGUCUCCAGGCCGGCGGCUCCUGCUGGCGCCGUUGUUGGAAUUGGAUACGCUGAACCGCAGACGCAGCAGCAGCGGGCGGCGCCGCGUGCUCGCAGGAUCAUCAGGGAGGGAUCCAACGCCGCGGGUGGAAGGAGCCUGGAGAACAUCGGGUUCGAGGAGCUGCGCAAGUACUUCUACAUGCCCAUCACCAAGGCGGCGCGGGAGCUCAACGUGGGUCUCACCGUGCUCAAGAAGCGCUGCCGCGAGCUCGGCGUUGCCCGCUGGCCUCACAGGAAGAUGAAGAGCCUCAGGUCCCUCAUCCUCAACAUCCAGGAGAUGGGGAGGGGCGGCGGCGUGCUGCCGCCGGCGGUGCAGCGGGAGCUGGAGGCGCUGGAAAGAGCGUGCACCCUGAUGGAGAAGAACCCGGCCAUCGAGCUGACCGAACAGACCAAGAAGCUGCGGCAGGCCUACUUCAAGGAGAACUACAAGAAGAGGAGAGCGGCGGCCGUCAACGUGCUUGACGGUUGCUACGGCGGUCAUCAGCAGCAGCUGACGCCAAUGCCACUGCCGAUGAUUUCUCCGCACAGUGGCCAGAGCACCGCUUUCUUCGGACGAUACUGA